CAGGUCCGCAGCUGCCGGGAGAGGCUGACGCAGACCCGAAACCAGCGCCGCUUUCCGGGCUGGAGCGCAGCCGGAGCCGCAUCCCCGCACCGCAGGCUGCAUUGUUCGCCACAGGCUGAGUCGGCGGAGCCGGUGCACCGGUUCUCAGAGGAAAGCCGUCCGUAGCUGCGACCGCAGACCUUUAAUCUGCCGGGAGACACCGACAGGAGCCGAAGAGCGGCGGAGGGGGACCGAUGUGAUUUUUAGAAGAAAGUAAAAAAGCUUUAAAAUGGCUCCCGGAGACCACAAACACCGACUUAGCUGAUCUUCAGCAGCUCCAUGUGACCACGCUGCUUCUUCUAGCAGCACUUCACCCGAGCACUUCCUCCUCUGCUGUAAGGCAGCAUGUCAGCGACUCAAACCCAGAAGGAGAGCAGCGAGGCGGGCUGGGGCUGCCUGGAGGCUCUGGGUCUCAGUCAGAAGGAGCUGGUCCUGGCUGAGGCCCUGCAGAUGGAGUACGAUGCCCUCUCCAAACUCAGACAGGACAAGAGCGGAACGGGAACCAGCCAGAUCUGUUCCAAGACCCCCAACCCCACCAUCGAGCGCCCCCGGCCCACCCCCAGCCAGCCCAAUCCUGCCCCUCCAGGAGGAAACUUGCUGAUGGGCCUCUCUGGAUCUGACUCUUCCCUGAACCAGCCUGGAGGCUCCCAGGUGCCACAGUCCACCCCAGCUAGGGUGCCUCCCACUCAGGGUGGCUUUGUCAAGGAGUCUCUGUACAUCCUGGACAGCUCAGCAGUUGGCAAGUUAAGAGAUGUCUCUGGGUCCAACUUCGGGGAUUCUCCUGCAUCCGGUUCAGGGUUUCUGCAGAAGGGCUUCCCCACUCUUCCAGAUGACACUCCCCCUGCCAUCCCACCAAGAAACCCCAUCCCUCCAUUGUCAGGAUCUGAGAACCCCUUCCUACCCCCUCGAACCUUCACCGUGCCCCGGGAUGUGAACCUGUUCACACCCGACGUAGAUCAGCCCAAAGUGACCUCUGGAGAGCUGAACUACGACACCAUCAACGACUCGCUGUCCAGACUGAAUGACAGCUGGGAAAGUCGGAGAGCCAACGGGGACCAAUCGGGGAAGCCCGUGGCUCGCAGCAAGACCCUUCCCCCUCAGGUGCCUCCCAGGACGUACAUACCUGUUCCCAAGAGCAACAAGAACCAGCGGCGGGUGUCUGCAGACCCGGUGUCGCUGGGCUCCAGGAUGAACGGCUUCGGGUACGAGCUGUUCCAGGUGUCGGAGGAGCGAGACGAGGAGGUGGCGGCGUUCUGCCACAUGCUGGACGUGCUGCGCUCGGCGUACCCGCACAGCGACCGCUCGAAGAACGCCGGCUUCGUGUGGUCGCCGUCCGUCGGCCACGAGGAGCUACAUCAGGGCCUGGGGAUCAGUGUGAAGGUGACGGUCAUCAGUGAGCACUUCAGAGAGCCGCUCACCUUUACCUGUGACAGUUCCUCCACUGUGGACCUGCUCAUCUACCAGACUCUGUGUUACGCUCAGGACGACCUGGACCACACGGACGUUAAUGACUACCUGCUGAAGGUCUGCGGAUAUGACGAGUUCCUCAACAACUCUCAGACUCUGGCCAGUCUCGAGUUUGUUCAGCAGUGUCUGAAGUUCGACUGGGAUGUCCGACUGUUUCUCACCAACAGAUCUGCCAUCACCACAGAGCUGGCCCGGACGAAAGAAGACGAUGAGACGGCGUCCACCAUGAACCACAGCAUCCUGCUGCAGGAGCGUCCAAUCAAACAGACCGUCACCAGGGAGGCUCUGACGCUGCUGCUUGAUACCUUUCACAAUGAAGCCGAGUCCUUCCUGCUGUCAGAGGUCGAGCUGCCGCUGCACGUGGAGCGUCUCGUCCAAUCUGUGAAGGCGCUCUGCAGCUCAUUGGCUGCUGUGGAGACGCCCGACGUGACCUCAGCCCUUAACCAGCUCCCAGCGUGCCCGUGUCGCCUGCAGCCCAAAGUCCUGAAGGAUGCAUCAGUGCUGGCUGUCAGAGAAAACAGAGAAAAAGUGGUAGAGAAGUUGACGGCGGCUAUCUUGGAUCUGGUGGAGCUGUACUGCAGCACGUUUAACGCCAACUUCCACACAACGCCGCAGAGUCACUGCUGCACGGCGCCCAUCCAGGAGGCCGGCCUGGUCACCAACGUCCUGUCCUUCAAUGUGUACGCCGCCCACCGUAUCCCCAUCACCUGGGCUGCCAGUUACGAGGGCUUCUUCCUGUCCUGCUCUCUGACUCACGGAGGGGCGGAGCUCUGCGCACCGCAGCACACCAGCAAGCAGUCGGUCGGCAAAUACCUGUUCCAUCUGGUGGUCUGGGACCAGAGGGUCUCUUUCCCCGUGCAGAUCAACCAGUUGCCCCGAGAGUCCCAGCUGACAGUCACACUGUAUGCCAGCCCUCUGCCGCCCCCCGGAGGAGCCGAGGAGAAGGGGAAGCAGCGGCGCAGCAUCGAGGCUCUGGGCUGGGUCACCAUGCCGCUCUUCAACUUCAGACACGUGCUGACGUGUGGCAGGAAGUUGCUGGGUCUGUGGCCUUCAGCCCCGGGGAGGAGCGGAAACGCCCGCACGAGUUUGCCCAACUUCAGCCAGCCGGACAGCGUCAUCCUGCAGGUGGACUUCCCCACGUCGUCCUUCGAGGUGCACUUCAGUACGCCCCCCCCUGCGGACUUCUGUCCUCAGUACGACUUCUCCAGGCUGGACACCAUCAGCCAGAUCCAGGUGCAGGACGUCCUGCACAAGAAGGCCUUCUUCUGGUUGACGGUGGAGGACAAGCGUCUGCUGUGGGAGAAGAAGGCCUUCUGUCAGUCAGAGAGCGCGGCGCUGCCCCUGGUUCUGGCCAGCGCCCCCUGCUGGGAGUGGGCGUGCCUGCCUGAUAUCUAUGCCCUGCUCAGACAGUGGGCUUGCCUGGGUCACCUGGACGCCCUGGGCCUCCUCCACGCCUCGUUCCCGGACCAGGAGCUGAGGAGGACGGCGGUCCAGUGGAUGGACACCAUCUCAGACCCGGAGCUGCUGGACUUCCUGCCUCAGCUGGUGCAGGCUCUGAAGUACGAGUGCUACCUGGACAGCUCUCUGGCUCGGUUCCUCCUGCGGCGAGCCAUCGGGGACGUUCGCAUCGCACACUACCUCUUCUGGCUGCUGAAGGAUAACCUGCAGGACAGUCAGUUCAGUGCUCGUUAUCAGCACCUCCUCGCCGCCCUGCUCUGCUGCGUCGGCCGAGGCCUCCGGGAGGAGUUCGACCGUCAGUGCUGGCUCGUCUCCAUCCUCGCCAGGGUGGCUCACAAAGUUCGAGACGCUGCGCCAUCCAGCAGACAGUGUGUCCUCAGAGAGAGUCUGGAGGAGAUGAAGCAGUUCUUCUCAGUGAACAGCAGUUGCAGACUUCCUCUGAACCCGGCGCUGCUCGUCACUGGAAUCAACAUACAGUCCUGCACAUUCUUCAACUCCAACGCCGUCCCUCUGAAGCUGUCCUUUCAGAACCAGGACCCUCUGGGAGACAACAUCAAUGUCAUCUUCAAGUCAGGAGACGACCUGAGGCAGGACAUGCUGACUCUGCAGAUGAUCCGCAUCAUGAACAAGAUCUGGAUCCAGGAGGGGCUGGACAUGAGGAUGGUCAUCUUCAAAUGUUUCUCCACGGGGAGGGGGCGAGGUAUGGUGGAGAUGAUUCCUCACGCUGACACUCUGAGGAAGAUCCAGGUGGAACACGGCGUCACGGGAUCGUUCAAAGACCGGACGCUGGCCGACUGGCUGCAGAAACACAACCCCGCUGAUGAGCAGUACGACAAGGCCGUGGAGAACUUCAUCUACUCGUGCGCCGGCUGCUGCGUGGCCACCUACAUCCUGGGAAUCUGUGACCGCCACAAUGACAACAUCAUGCUAAAGACCAGCGGUCACAUGUUCCACAUCGACUUCGGGAAGUUCCUGGGCCACGCCCAGAUGUUCGGGAACAUCAAACGGGACCGCGCCCCCUUCGUCUUCACCUCCGACAUGGCGUACGUCAUCAACGGUGGUGACAAGCCGUCCAGUCGCUUCCACGACUUCGUGGAUCUGUGCUGCGAGGCGUACAACCUGAUCCGGAAACACGCACACCUGUUCCUGAACCUGCUGGGACUGAUGUUGUCCUGUGGGAUCCCUGAGCUCUCUGACCUCGAUGAUCUGAAGUAUGUCUAUGAUGCGCUGAGACCUCAUGAGUCUGAGGCCGAUGCCACCAUGUACUUCACCAGGUUGAUCGAGUCCAGUCUGGGCAGCGUCGCCACCAAACUGAACUUCUUCAUCCACAAUCUCGCUCAGAUGAAGUUCGCCUCGUCGGAGGAGCGUCCCACACUUUCAUUCGCCCCCAGGUUCCAUACGGCAAAGAGCGACGGCGCCAUCAAGAACCUGUACAUCUGCAGGCACAUCCGGACCGGCAGCAAGGCCUACGCUUUUGUGGUCAAAGUGGAGCGUGAAGGUCAGCAGGAAGUGCAGCUGGUUCAGAGGACAUUUGAAGAGUUUCAUGAACUCCACAGCAAACUGAGACUCAUCUUCCCCUCAUCCAAACUGCCCAGUUUCCCCAGCCGCUUUGUGAUUGGCCGGUCCCGUGGCGACGCCAUGGCUGACAGGAGGAAGGACGAGCUGAACGGUUACGUGUGGCACCUGAUCCACGCCGCCCCGGAGGUCGCUCAGUGUGACCUGGUGUACACCUUCUUCCACCCGCUGCCCAGAGACGAGCGAUCGGGAACGACGGCGAGCAAACCGGCAGAUAUCUCGUGGUCUCCAGCUUCAGGAAAAGAGCUCGGUGAGGUCAAACUGUCCAUCUCCUACAAGAACGAAAACCUCUUCAUCAUGGUCAUCCACAUCCGAGGCCUGCAGCCCCUGCAGGACGGUACUGACCCGGACCCCUACGUGAAGCUCUACCUCCUCCCCGACCCUCAGAAAAUGAGCAAGAGGAAGACGAAGGCUGCACGGCGCACCUGCAACCCCACCUACAACGAGAUGCUGGUGUACGAGCGGAUUCCUCGGGGGGACCUGGACCAGAGGGUGAUCCACCUGCGGGUCCUGGGAGACGGUGCCUUCUGGGAGAACACCCUGCUGGGAGAGACCUUCAUUCCCCUGAAGAGGCUGGUCCCAGGUCAGCACUGGGUGGACUGGCACAAGCUGGGUGCCCCCGGCUCAGACUCCGCCCACUGAUGGGUAGGAACCAGGAGGAGAAGAAGAAGAGACAUUCUUCAUCAGGAGGACAGAGGAAACAAAAGGGAAAUCCUUUCAAAAUAAAAGCCCUGUGGCUGCUCCUCCCUCUGAGGGAGGGGGCGUGUAGGUUGAUGGUGGCGGUGUUAAACAGAGGCACCGCGUUAGGUUGUAACUUGUGAAUGUAAGUUUGAUUUCCUCACAGUUUGGUGACGGUUUAUUUCGUGAUGGAGUCGUGAUUUCAGCAGACAAGUUCCACUAACAAACGCAGUAACGAGCUCGUUCUGACCUUUAACCUCGCCGCGGGCUCUCAGCGCUCAGAUCAGCUCACGCCGUUUCUUCUUCUCAGACUUCUCAGACUGCAGCGGGAUCGGAGGAGGAAGAGAACAAAAGCUUGGAUGUGAGAAAGGAAAGGAGGGAGGGAUGAUGAUAGGGAGGAAGAGCGCGCUCUGUGCGUUUGAGAAGCAGAGAAGAAGAAGCAGCGGCUCAGAGCGUGGUGGCCGAUGCAGCGCUGACAGAAUAUUUUAGGAUAUUUUUAUAGUGAGUUUUUAUAGCGAGUGCGACUGACUGCAGCUGCUCCCAUCCCCACGUUUCAUUAUUGCUUUUUGAACUGUGUCAUUUCCUGUUUUUCACCUGAGGGUGGGGGAGGCGGCGCUGCUGUGAGGACGUUCACGCCACACUAACACCUUCACGAAGAAACUCACCUGGAACGUUGAGGAAUUUCAAAAUUCUGAAACACUGAAGUUUGAUUUUUGUUUGAUUGUUGCUGAAAUCUUUUUUCAGAGUUUGUGCUGAUCAUGUGACUCUGUGAUGUCAUCCCGCUGCCUCAGAGAAGCCUCAUCCCACUCAUUUAAUCUGCACGAUUCGGUUUUAGCUCCUUUAAGGUCACUAUCCCCUGAUUGGCCAGCUUCUGGAAGCCUGCUGAGGGGCAGCGCUAACUGUUUGUGAGCUGUUCUGCCUAAAAACCCGCCCCUCUCUGUGGGAGGCGCCCUCGUCAGGAAUGAAUGAUGUCAGCAUUUUUCUCCUGGAGGUUUCGGUCGGGUCUCUGAGGGCUCGUGUCGGCAGCUCUGUGUUUAGAUCACUUACAGGUUUCUCCUUGCUGUGAGCAUGAGGGAUGUCACAGCACCACGAGCUGCUUUACAGCAUCCUCCAUUUUGAUUUGGGGCGUGAAGCCAGCGGCAGAAACCAGCUGAUGCUUCUGCUGAGUUUUAACAGCGCUCCCACCGCCAGUUGAAGCCGCCGAAUCAGCACUGUUAGCAGCACGCUGCUGCUUCAUGGGUAAAAUCGGUGUCACUGCGAGAAAAACGGACGUCGUUUUCUUUCAGUUCAGACACGUUUUUCAUGCUGGAAGCAGCUGGAAACCUGUGGAGCUCCAGCUGCAGUCAGUGUCUCUGCAGUGGGAUUAACAGGAAGUGUAGAGCAGCUCUGGCUGUAGCAAAUGACCAUAUAAGGCAAUCUAUGAGUAGUGAUCUCAUCCUCAUGAAAGCAGGAAAGUGCUGUAAGUGGAUGCUGCUGGAGCUUUGAGGCUUCUUCCUGUGAACCCAUCAGCUCAUCUCCUCUGGGGGGGGUUUGGUUCCAGCUGGGAUCCAGAUGAUGGACAUCCAGGUUCAGACCUGCUCAGAAUGCAGCUGAAAGCCGAGGCACCCUCACAUGAUAGCUGCUGGUUUUUAAAACAUCCAUUUACUUCUGUUUACCUGAGGUCAGGUGGCAGCAGGUGUUCCAGUCAUCCUCCUCCCCACUUCCUCCCAGGGAUCCUGAGACAUUCCCAGAUGAGAGACAUAAUCUCCAUCAGGUUCCGGGUCUGUCCCGGGCCUCCCGGGUCUGAGCUGAUCACCUUUACUUGAAUGAUUCAAGUGUUCUGCAUCAUGUGACUGAGGUACUGGCCAAUCAGAUGAGGGUUCUCUGUGUGAUGAAGCAGCGUGAUGACGAGCAGAGUGCAGCUUCACCGAUCGUCUGUACAGAUGAAUGAAAACGUGAUUCUCACUUUGAACCUUUUCUAUUAUUUGCACUACAGAAUAAACUUGAACUGAAAGCAG